AUGAGUUCCGCACCAACAGCUCGCCUCCUGGCGAGAUCCUUCUUCCAAAAUGCCGUCCGUCCCGCGACGGUAACCCGAACCUCGCCUGUCCUCCUCCGAUCCUUUGCCCAGACCGCAGCGCCACGCGCCGAAGAGACCGAUACGAAGAAGAACGGCCAAGCUCUCCUCAAUGCCAUGUACGGCAGCUCAAAGACGCCCUCUGCACCGGGUCAGAGGAGGUCGGCAUUAGAAUCAGCUGGCCUGUCCAAGGACAGCAUGCUCCAAGAACUCGAUAUUGCCUCGGGCGGUACCUCUGACCUCAGCGGCCUCGGCGGCCUCGAUGGCCUAAUGCCCGAUCGAGAGGACCUCCUCGAGCCCUACCACAUCCACAUCAUGUCCCACAAGCACAACACGCACGUCACCGUCACGAAGCCCGACCGUGGCGCCAUCAUCUCCCUGUCGACCGGCAACAUCGGUUUUAAGAAGUCCAAGAGGAAAUCAUACGACGCCGCGUACCAGUUGAUGGCCUACGUCCUCGAGAAACUGCAGUACCAGGGAUGGCACAAGAAGAUCACCGAUAUCGAGGUCGUGCUGAGAGGAUUCGGCCAGGGAAGAGACGCGGCUGUCAAGGUUCUCAUGGCCCCCGAGGGCAAGAUCUGGAGGCAGAAGGUGGUUCGCGUGGCGGAUUCGACGAGGUUGAAGUUUGGUGGAACAAGGAGCAAGAACCCGAGACGUGUCUAG